UCGUCUUUUUUCUUGCUAUCAAGAGAAUGCUCAACAACAAAAACAAAACAAAACGCUUCCUGUCUCGUUCUUAGUUUUGCUAUCGUACCUUCAUCAGGCUAUAUGAUGAUGGUUGCUAAGCAAGUUUGUACCAUUUUCAUCCGGAGCUGUAUCUGGCUGUUACUGCUCCCUAUCUUGACCCGUGCAAUGGAGUCCGACAUAACUUGCCUGAGAAGCUUGAAGUCCCAGCUUAAGGACCCCCAUGCAUAUCUGUCUAACUGGAUAUUUGGAAACUACAGUGACGGUUAUAUCUGCAGCUUCUUUGGCGUGUAUUGCUGGCGUAGUAACCAUAAUAAGGUGCUAAGCAUCAAUCUUGGCGGGUCUGGUCUGGAGGGAGAGUUUCCUAGUGGUGUUAAACUAUGUUCGUUCAUGGAGAGCCUAAACCUUACUGGAAACAACCUCACUGGCACUCUUCCAUCAGACACAUUCUCAUCUCUUCCAUAUCUUGUUACUCUAGACCUCUCCAACAACAACUUGGCUGGUGAAAUCCCUGCUAAUUUGCCAAACAUGUCCUACUUAAACACGCUUUUGCUUGAUCAUAACCGGUUCACAGGUAGCAUCCCGUCCGAGUUAGCCUCAAGUCCAAGACUCCUACAGUUCUCGGUGGCUCACAAUGAUCUUAAAGGCCCCAUUCCUGAAUUCACCGCUGGAAACAUAUCUCUCUCGAGCUUUGAUGACAAUCCGGAUCUGUGUGGUUUCCCGCUGGAUCCCUGCCCGGACUCUUUCUAUUCCAUGGCCAUUAUAGCAGCCAACAUUGCUGCAGCUGCAUUUUUCCCUAUAGGUGCAUGCUACGGCUGGUUAUAUGAUAGCCGGAAACAGAAUCAACGACCAAGAAGACGUUAAAGCAAAGUCCUUACCAGAUAAAAAGUAAAGUCCACUUGUUUCAGUGAAUCUUGUUGUCUCUUUAGCACACAUAGUUAUCAUGUUA